CAACAAGUUUGGAGAGAAUGUUUGAGUUUAAUCAAUUCAGAGCGACGAGAUGGAGCCCAACUCACUCCUGUGGGUAGGCUCACCUUGUGGUUUGCACGGACCUUACAUUUUCUACAAGGCGUUUAGAUUUCACCUUGAAGGCAAAGCGAGAAUUUUGUCCCUGGGUGAUUUUUUCCUGGUCAGAUGUAAAGCAGGGGACCCCAUCUGCAUAGCAGAACUACAGCUCUUAUGGGAGGAAAGGACAACCAAGCAACUUCUAUCCAGCUCCAAACUUUAUUUUCUCCCAGAAGAUACUCCCCAGGGCAGAAAUGUCACUCACGGAGAGGAUGAAGUUAUCGCCGUCUCAGAGAAAGUCAUUGUGAAGUUGGAGGAUCUGGUGAAAUGGACAGUGGCGGAUUUGUGGAGUUGGAAGAAGGGUCUGCGGGCCAUACCCCUGAAACCCACCGUGCUAAAGGAGCUCGGCAAGAACGGCCAGAGAGAAGCGCUGCACAGAUACAGAGAGUCCACGCUCAACAGCGGCCUCAACUUCAAGGACGUCCUCAAAGAGAAGGCUGAACUCGGUGAUGAUGCAGAGGAAAAGAAGGUUCUGGUAUUGAGUUACCCCCAGUACUGUCGUUACCGUUCCAUCAUCGCGCGGCUUCGGGAGAGGCCAAACUCCCUCCUGACGGACCAUGUGGUGCUGGCCCUGGGAGGAAUCGCCUCCCUCACCAACAACACACAGAUCCUGUACUGCAGGGACACUUUCGAGCACCCUACGCUGGUUGAGAACGAGAGUGUCUGUGAUGAAUUUGGGGGCGCUAUCUUCUGAAAAAGUGCAGAAUCGCCGGAUCAAAAACCAAGCGAAGAAGCAGCAGAAACAAGCGAUUAGAAGCAUUUCUUAUACGUACAUGUAAGCUAA